UUAAUUGAAGUCGUAAAUGAAUAUGUUUUUUAUUUAUAUUAUAUAUUACAGAUACUUGUUUAUAAAUAUCUGUCAAAGUUAAUAGUUAAAUAACAGUGACCAAAACAACAUUAUUUGUAUCCAGUAGUUUAUUUGUAUCCACCCAUAACUGUCAUUGACUAACCUUAAAAGAACAACAGUAGUAAAGCCGACGAUUCAACGUAUUAAAUACUCGUCGAGUGAAAAUGGAUCCGCAUAAGGACAAUACAUCUACAACAAAAACAGUGAAAUCUAACUGCGACUGCGAAAAAAACACAAAUUGCAAAAGUCCUACCCUACAACGAACACCAAAUGACAGUGCCGAAAAUGUGUUUACAUCUGUGUCAAAUCCAAUAGAUUCCCAUCCAAAUCCUUCUAAUGGACCUUGUUCUAAACAUUUAAAUUCUUCUAAUAACGAGCCAGGGUUACAAUCUAACAGGUCGACUGAACGUAGCUUAGAAUGUAACCAAAAUGUCGGCGGAAAAUUCCUAGGAAACAAAGUAAACAAUUAUAAUAGUGAGUCUUCUGAAUCUGCAAGCUGUAGUAAAACUGAAUCAUAUUCAUAUAAUAUUGAAGGACAGCAAUGUCAAAGACAUAAAGUGUGUAUGGACAAAGCAGCCAACAGUUAUGUAGUGGCAUCAACAAGUGGCACUGGCAAAGAAACAGAUAAAUUUAAAGAGAGCAGAAAGAGGCCAUCUACUUUGAAACUUAACAGGCCAAAUUUUGAUGCUGAAGACAGUUCAAGCGACACAAGUAAUGAUGAUUAUUCAUUAGGUUCAGAAGAUGGUUGUAUAUAUACAUAUAGAGGUGGGCAACAUCUUGCUGAUUUACCAAGCUCUUUUUUUAGUUUAGACAUGGGUUUGCCACUGGAUAAAUAUCUGCCUGUUCCUCCAAAUUAUCAGGUGCAAAAUCCAGUAAUACCAGCAAGAGAGCAAGGCUCAGGAGCAUCUAGUCCAGAUAUGGAUUUUCUAGAAAUGGACUUUGAUCCAGGGCCAUCUUGUGAAGUGGAUACAGGAGAUGAAUCAUCAUCUGAUAUGGAGUUAGAUGCAGUUAAUAAUAUGCCUGAGGAAAAUGAGCCUGUUAGGAAAGUAAUUUCUCCAGAGAAUGGAGGAGAUGCAAUUAAUCUCCCUGCUAAUGUACCUGUUGAGAGCUCUCACAGGGAGGUAGAACUUUCUUAUAAUGUGCCAUCUACCAGCAGUGGACUAACAUCCAGACAGGGAGGUAGUGGAGACGCAGCCAAAAGUAUGCAGUCUAAUUAUGGGCCAUACAUUACACAUGUGAAUGUCAGAGGAGAACAAUUGUUAGUACGCCGAACUACAUCACAUUGGUCCACCAAUGCACCCACGAGUUUACAUGUUUCUAGUGGAGAUUUAGUAUCACCAAGAGAAAUAUUAAACCAUGAAGAACAAUCAGGCAGUGCCUUGGUAUAUCAAAUAAAUCAAGGUCCAACAUUGGAUUCCGCUAAUCUGUCAUCUGCAUUAUAUCAUUUGACAAUGGCACAAAAGUUAAUGUUAAGUCAAACAGAGUCUGAAAAUAAAUCCAAUGAAAUAAAAGUGGAAACACACAAAACUCCAGAUGCUACUCCUGGAUGCAGUACAGCAGACCCACGAUGUAUAGAGCCAGAGAGGAGCAUGAUAUGGUCUGAAAGGGAGGCCUGUGAACGACAAGUUACUCAAAUUGGCACUUCCGCCUGCGGAGCUACUGCAGUUGUAAAUGUCUUUAUUGCAUUGGGUGUACCUGUUAACUUAGAAAAAAUAAAUGCAGCUGUUGGUACAAGACUCAGAGCAAAUAAUGCUCCAGUGCCAAGGUAUCUAUUAUCACGAGCAGUGGCCGGUUGUACGGCCGCGGAUAUCGUUACUGGUAUCCAGAGAGCAUCAGAUGGCCUUGUCACUGCAAGAUUCUUCCCAACAUAUCCUGAAAGGGUCAUGUCAUUAUCACAUUGGUUGGCGGAUUGGAUAUCGUUAGGCGCAGUACCAAUUUUAACCCUCAAUCUCCAAGUUGGAUGUGAAAAUGAUAUCCCCGAUGCGUGGCACCAUCAAAUGGUGUUUGGCGUGUCACCUCAAGGAGUAUAUCUAUGCAAUCCUGUCGAGUGCGUUCCAGAAUCUACACUAUGGCCACGGCUGACGUCACCAUCUGUGCUUCUUGUGAGGACGAGGGAUGUACUAACAAGAUUGAAUAAUAGCACAGAUCUGACGCCAUUAAUGGCUGUACCUGAUAGACGCUUUCAUACAUUCAACGUACUUGGCCAAGUAGCGAACGUGAUAAGGGAGUGGCAAUCGACGGGGUGGUCUGAACAUGGCACUCGUACCCACCACAUACGGAUACCUGCCGCCUAUCAAGCCGGGAUCACCGUCGCCGCGCUCACCGGCUCUGAAGCUCAUCGGCGGCUGGUCCACUCGCCUCAACUCCCCAUCAUUGGCCCCCAAGGAGAUCCGGCUUGAGAUAAGUGACCGUUAAUAUAUGAGACAUUGUACACGAAUCCCCAUGUGUGGCAUGAAAGAACACUGUUCACUUAGCAUUUCGUACUCGACGCGGUGAAGUAAGUUAUAAUAAACCAAUGAUAUACAAAUAAAGGAAAUUAAAAGACAUAUUUAAAUUCAAUUAUAUUUAGACUGUGACAUUAUAUGUGUCAGCAAACGCUAAGCAGUUGCAGGGUCGAAGCAAGGUAUUUGAAGAUCACAAUUUUCCAUUAUAAGUAAUGUUAGGAUAAUAUUAAAUAUCAAUAAUAUAAAAUCUUAUUUAAUUAAUAGUUAAAGAGAAAUAUAAGUGUUUACUUUGAAGUUCGUGUUUGAUAAAUAACCCAAUGUUAUGUUAAUUUCUUAUUUGCCUGUAAUUAUUUUUCAUAUUAUUGUUUGUUUAGCUCUAUUAUUUAUAUGCGUAUAUAGUUGUUUUAGCAUUACUCUACAAACAAAAGACAUGAAAUAAAAGAGAGAAUGUGACCUGAAAGCAUAUGGCUUUAUUUACAAAAAUCAUUAAUCUUAUAACUACAACAAAAUACAUAUCUAUGAUAUAUGUAUAUUCUAUUGAUUUGAUACUCUUGGUUUUUUCAUUUUGCUAUUAUACCACCGAGUAACAUUUAUUUUAAUUAUACAUUGUAAUAUAUUUGUAGCACUUUUUUAUAUAUUGUAGCAUGUUAUUGUUUAGUUCUAUAGUACCGUAAUAAGUUUUAUUUCUGCUACGUUCUUUUUCAUUUUCAUUUAAUGACUACAAAACUUUAAUAAACACAUUUGACCUUCUUUCUGUUCUUCUUUUUGUCUUAUAUCUUAUUUAUACGAUAUACAACUCUAUACUGUUUAAAUCUAAAAAUUUUUAACAAUCUCUAAGUCUAAACCAGAACUAUUUUAUAUGCUAAUAGAUUCUCAUUACUGAAAUAAUUGAAAAGAUCCUUUUAGUGUUUUAGUAAAUUUUCGGUCUCUAAAUUUAUGGAAAGAAGAAUACCUGUUAACCGGGGAGUUCUCGUUCAAAUUAUGCAACAUGCACCGGGCGCGUAUUGUUUCGCUAGGACAUGUCAGUACGUCACGCCCGGAGACCGUCAUUUCAUAUUUCUAUAUUUUUAUUUAUAUAUAAAUAAAUGAAAAACUAUUAAAUAUAUAUCGUAUAUUAAUAUUUUUGAAGUACAAAAGGAAUCACAAGACAAGUAAAAGCACGUAAAGAUACACAAUAGGUACAUAUAAAAAUUCAAAACUAAAUUUCUGUGUGAUAUAUUUUAAAACAAUUAUUAAUGCAUAAUGCUGCACUACAAUUCGGACGACGACAAAAAUAUACUCUCCGUCCGUUCCAGAGCGCAAAUAAAUUUUCGAGGACGUAUUCAUAUGUCCUACCCGUACCCGAUAUUGUUUACGCCUGACCAUUUAUGCGUUUUGCCCGGUUAAGAGGUUAAUGAAAUUAUAAUGUUAUUGUAAACUGAAAAAUAUAACAUUUACUCCUUAUAUUUACCAUACCGAGUUGAAGAAAUAUAAAUGGCCGUCAAUCAGUAUAAGCAAUAAUUAGAGUAAAUGUUUUAAAAAUAUUUUCGCCAUUCAACAUUGCUUUGGCUUGCAAAUGGUUCAUCAAUUUCAUAAAUAUCACUUCUCUUCUGAUUGUUACUGCCUAUAAUUCUAUUGAAUACAUCACUACUUUUUUUUAAUCUAGUUACUAUAUGUGUUUACAAGUAAUGUUAUUAUUAUUAUAAUGUUCACAUAAUUUUCUGAAAGCUUCAACUUCUAUAUCGCUCAAAUAUUUGUUGUUUUCUAAUAAAAUAUACAAUUAAAGUUAAACUCAUUCGUGUUUUUGUAUAACGAAAGCUGUGUUUGGCUAAAUUUUAUUAGCCAUAAAAUGUAAAUAAUUCAUUAAGGUAUCUUAUUAUAUAUUAGUCAAUUGGUGCUUACUAGUCAAAAUUAUAUUAGCACAAUAUCUGUAAUCGUUGUAACUCAUAUACUUUUGUAAGCAACAUUAAUAUUGCACUGGAUUUAAUACUAUGUUAUCACGUUAUGUUAUUCGUUGUAAUUGUAUAGUAAAAUAAUUUUAUAACUCAUUACAUUUACCAACUCAUCAACAAAUUCAUGCAAUAAACUGUAGAUUUGCGAUCGCCUAAUUUGAAAUGCCAAAGAAAUAAUGUAUAUAAACCACCUCAUUCAUACUAAAACAUACACAUCCACUUUUACAUUGAUACUUUCUCUCAAAUUAAGAAAAUAGCUCGAGAGAAAAGACCAAAACAUUAGGUACAAUAUAGAUUAAAUAGGUUUAUUAAGUAUUUGGCUUUUUAUGAACAAUGACAAUAUUGUUUACAUUGAUUUCAUUUCAUUUCAUUCAGUGGCAUAUUAUCAUAAUAAUAUUUUACUUGUGAAACUAGACCUAUUUAUUAUUAUCUUUUUACAUCAAUGUUCAGAAUAUCUAUACUUCAUUUAAAAUGCCACACAGUUCGUACAUCCACUUUUGUGUUUCAAAAAAUGGCAUCGUAUAUGUACAAUUGAUUUAUAACCAUGUAAAUUAGUUGUAUGUCAAUACAUAUAUUUCAAAAUCUAAGUAUGUCAUAUGUUAUUUGCUAUUUAUUACACUAUUAAGUUUUUAUAUAGACUACUAUGUAGAAGAAUGGAAAUGAUUCCGAAGUUAUUUAGACACUUCUAAAUCGCUCCUAAAUAUAUAAUCUUUCUAUAAUGUAAAAACGUCAUUACUCGUAAAAAAAUAAGUAUCUAUAAUUUAGCAGUUGUUGAUUUGAGUCAUUUAAUUGUAAGUACCUAAUCGUUUGGGAGCAGUCUUACUGGAUCCUUGUAACUCGAUAUAGAAGCAAUGUUAUGUAUAACAUUAUAUUUUUGGAAUAUACUAUGAUAGACUAGAUAAUAGUUUUAUUUACCAUCAUCCUAACAAUAGAUAUACUGAAUAUAUAAUUGAUUACAAAGGCUUAGUCGUAAUGGGUAUAUCAAAGAUCUCAAACUAUGACUGACACUGAAUUUUUUUUUCGUGUAUGCUUCUGUCGCAGCUGGCUUCCACUACGACCACUACGCCACUAUAACCCGAUUCUUUGUUAGGCAUUUAAAAAUUAACAUAUUCGGGAAAUAUAUGAAAUUUGUCAGAUCAUCGAUGAAAGAUAUUUGAAAUUCUGGAUACAUACAAUCUGAAUUAAAAGUAGUAGUGUCAUGAGAUAUAUAAUCCGUCGCAACAUAUCCUAUUCCAACGAUGUUGCUUAUAAAUAUUUACAUGUUAUUGUUAUUGUAAAUUUAUUUAAGCAUAAUUUUAAUAAUUAUCUAUAUAUUUUUUGCAUUGUUACACUGUUAUGUUUAGU